AUGGCUCGACAGGUUAUAAGCCCAACGAUAGGGAGAAGCGGGGAAGACUUCCCACGCCUCAACGGCUCCAACUUCCCAGUGUGGAACGCUCGCAUCCGCGCAGCACUCGACGGUCAAGGCCUGCUAGGCUUCAUCGACCAGGAGGACUACGACGGUGACUCGGACUCGUCCAUCGUCGACUCCGACGACGACCAAGACCUCAAGCCUCCCCACCCACCCUCGCCCACCAAGUCGGACGACCUGCUCUCCGACACCGGAACCCUGUCUCCAGACGGCGGUCUGGACGCCGAUGACGCCAAGCGCGACGACAGCACGGCCCAACCAAAGCCUGGCUCCUCGUCCGGCGCGUCGUCGGACUCUUCGUCGGGCAACUCCUCUGAGGCGAUGGCGACUGACCCUCAGUCGACCCUCCUCGUACUUGAUGGUCAUCAAGUAGUGGUUGAUGUAGUACGGGUCGCCGUGGGCAGUCGAGCCCUCAUAGCGGUCACGCAGCUUUUGGUAGAUCGAGUAGGCAGAAGUACAACCCUCGACGAGGAGCACGUGGGCAUCAUCGAUUGUUGA